AUGGCUAGUCUCGCUACUCUCCUCAACGACGUCAAUCGAAAAGGUGAAGGUAUAGGACGGAUAUCAGACAUGAAGCUGGAUGAUGACGGCGGCGAAGAGGAGGUCUUUCUGCUUCGGGGCGAUGAAGGUUAUUAUGAUGAAAACUGCAGAUAUGAUGAAGAUCAAGAAGAGGAUUAUCCACAAGUAAUACGACCAUUCCCCGAGGCAGCUCCCGCCGUGGCCGCAGCUAUAGCCGUGGUUGUGGUAGCCGACGAAGAACCCGGGCAGGAUGAGCUCGACGAUGCCGAUGAUUAG